AAGCGAGAUAGAUGCAGUGUUCAUAUGCUAGUCGGAACUAGGAAACUCGGAAAUGUCCGACUUGCUAUUUAUUUGAACGCGGCACGUGUAUAACUACAACCAGUUAGCAAGUCGGACAUUUCCAAGUUUCCUAGUUCCGACAAGCAUGUGAACGCGGCAUAAUAGCCCAUCCGCCAUUGUGGAAUAGAGUAAAGGAUAUUCCAAUCUGGCAGUUUCAGAGUAAGUGAUACAUUGUAACCGAACGUCAACUAGAUCGGAAACAUUUAAUACCACAGACAGAUACAAAGUCGCGAUCCUCGGCGCUCGAGAAAAUAUUGUAGGGAAAGAUCUGACGACUGGAGAAAAACACCGCCUCUACAUACAGAGAUUGGAUAACCCGAGACGAGCUGAGAAAAAUACCGGAGUGCAGAAGCAGUAGAAACCGUGGACAGUCGCAAACAGAAAUCCGUUUCGGCUCCUGGAGGAUGUCUGCAACCACAGUCGAUCAGAGACCCAAAGGACAAGGAAAUAAAGUACAAAACGGAUCAAUGCAUCAGAAGGAUGGAGUAAACGAUGAAGACUUUGAACCUUACCUAAGCAGCCAGACAAAUCAGAAUAACAGCUACCCACCAAUGUCCGACCCCUACAUGCCCAGCUACUAUGCUCCCUCCAUAGGCUUCCCUUACUCCCUGGGAGAGGCGCCCUGGUCCACUGCGGGGGACCCCCCCAUGCCCUACCUGACCACCUAUGGACAGAUGAGCAAUGGCGAGCACCACUUUAUCCCUGACGGGGUGUUCAGCCAGCCGGGCGCCCUGGGCAACACCCCUCCCUUCCUCAGCCAGCACGGCUUCAACUUCUUCCCUGGAAACGCAGACUAUUCCACCUGGGGCACCAGUGUCUCUCAGGGCCAGUCCACACAGAGCAAUGCCUAUAGUAAUAGUUAUGGUUACACCCCUAGUUCCCUGGGGAGGGCUAUAACUGAUGGACAGGCGGGCUUCAGCAGUGACGCCCAGCUCAGUAAGGUCCCGGUGCUGAGCAGCAUUGAGCAGGGCAUGACUGGGUUAAAACUGGGAACGGACAUGGGCGCCGCAGUCACCAAGACUGUCGGCUCACCCCUCGGGGGCAUGAGUAGCAUGGCGGCCAAUAGCAUGCCACCGUUGGUUAGUUCCUCAGCCCCCAAACCCACGUCCUGGGCGGCCAUCGCCAGGAAGCCGGCCAAGCCCCAGCCCAAGGUCAAGCCCAAAGCCAACAUGGGGAUGGGGGGCCCUACCAUUCCCCCGCCGCCCAUCAAGCACAACAUGAACAUUGGCACCUGGGACGAUAAGGGCUCCCUCAACAAGCCCCCCUUAGCUCAGACCAUGAUGCCCCCUCAGACCAUGGUGCAGCAGACCCUGAUGGGCCAGCCCCUGCUGCAGAGCCCUCUGCCCCACCAACAUCAGCCCCAACAUCAGCCCCAACACCAGCACCAACACCAGCAGCACCACCAACCCUUUCAGCUGCAGUCGCUCCAGUCCCCCCAACACCCCCAGCAGAUUCCCCCAGGCCCCCCACACCCCCACCAACACCCCCACCCCCACCAGAACUUUUCCUCCCAGCCCGGACCCCCCCAACCCAUGCAUCAACACCAACACUCCCAGCUCCCACCCCAGAACCGCUGGGUGGCUCCUCGGAACAGGGGCACCUUCAACCAGGGAGGGGCGGAAGGCUUUGGGAUGGGUGUUGGUGUUGGUGGGGUCCCCCUCAGUGCCUCUCCCUGCUCCGGGGAGGUGCACCCCGUGUUAGAGAAACUGCGGGCCCUCAACAACUACAACCCCAAAGACUUUGAGUGGAACCUGAAGAACGGCCGUGUGUUCAUCAUCAAGAGCUACUCCGAGGACGACAUCCACCGCUCCAUCAAGUACUCCAUCUGGUGCAGCACCGAGCACGGCAACAAGCGCCUGGACGGGGCCUACCGCUCGCUGGGGGCCAAGGGGCCCCUCUACCUGCUGUUCAGCGUCAACGGCAGUGGUCAUUUCUGCGGCAUGGCGGAGAUGCGCUCGCCUGUGGAUUACAACUCCUACGCAGGCGUUUGGUCUCAGGACAAGUGGAAGGGCAAGUUUGAGGUGAAGUGGGCGUUUGUGAAGGACGUGCCCAACAACCAGUUGAGGCACAUCAGGCUGGAGAACAAUGACAACAAGCCCGUCACCAACUCCAGGGACACUCAGGAGGUGCCUCUGGAGAAGGCCAAGCAAGUGCUUAAAAUUAUCGCAACUUUCAAGCAUACCACCUCAAUCUUUGAUGACUUUGCACAUUAUGAGAACCGCCAGGAGGAGGAAGAGGCCCUGCGGAGGGAGCGGAAUAGAAAUCAACAGUAACCAUACAGAGAUCUCCCUGCUAGAAGGCAAACACUAAUGACAUAGGACCUUUAAAUAAUUAGCCUAACCACACGGAAACUAAGGGUUUUGCCAUCUUUUCUGCUGAAGACAACAACGACAUCGUAUCUCGUGACGUGAACACGACGACGGACUCGCCUGUAUCAGUUCUCUGGUGAUGUACCCCAGUGUUCCUGUCUGGGGGGAAAAGGAAAGAACUCACUUUAAACUCUUCUAAAACAGCCUCUACCAAUACCCUGAACUCUCCAAUAACUCUCUGAAAGCACUUUCAGUCCUUCUAAAACAGCCUCUACCAAUACCCUGAACUCUCCAAUAACUCUCUUAAAGCACUUUCAGUCCUUCUAAAACAGCCUCUACCAAUACCCUGAACUCUCCAAUAACUCUCUGAAAGCACUUUCAGUCCUUCUAAAACAGCCUCUACCAAUACCCUGAACUCUCCAAUAACUCUCUUAAAGCACUUUCAGUCCUUCUAAAACAGCCUCUACCAAUACCCUGAACUCUCCAAUAACUCUCUUAAAGCACUUUCAGUCCUUCUAAAACAGCCUCUACCAAUACCCUGAACUCUCCAAUAACUCUCUUAAAGCACUUUCAGUCCUUCUAAAACAGCCUCUACCAAUACCCUGAACUCUCCAAUAACUCUCUGAAAGCACUUUCAGUCCUUCUAAAACAGCCUCUACCAAUACCCUGAACUCUCCAAUAACUCUCUGAAAGCACUUUCAGUCCUUCUAAAACAGCCUCUACCAAUACCCUGAACUCUCCAAUAACUCUCUGAAAGCACUUUCUCUCUGGACUUCUGUUUGUUAUAACUAACUGACUAACCAGUGUAGUUGCUUUUUCUGAGGCUUUCACCAGAUUAUUUGUCGUUUUUUGUUAAGUUUUUAAUACCUCCCAAAUUUUGGGGAAGAAAAAUGUAGUUCCCCUCCCCCCAUGAACUUCAGCACCUUCAGACAAGAUUAAAAAAGGUAUAAUGUGUAACAAAAUCAUUUACUUGAAUCUGCACUCGGCUUGUGAUUGAUUGACAGGUGAGAGAAAUGACAGGACACGCCCCAAAAUAAUGCCAAUCAUUAGACGAACCCGGCCCUUACUCCCGCCCCUUUAUUUCUGCAUCUGUUUCUGUGUAUCAAACGAUGAGAUGGAUGAUGUAGUGAGCUGGGUGAACGGCAGUUAUUACACAUGUUUGUUUAAUUUCUCAUGAUUAUUAUGUAACUCUGAAGUGCAUUUGUCUGAGGAGAAAUCUGCUCUGCGGUAACAGUCGCCUUGGUAGCUGUCGGUAACUUGUCUUUUAUUCUGUUGUUAAUGUACUGUACCGUACCUCAGGCUAAAGCUGGGGCCUGUUCAGGAGGCUUCAAUGUUACACAACAUUUAGAUAGCAAAUGCAUUGUGUAGAGUAGAGAGGAUUCUCUGUUAUGUUGGGAAUCAGGGAAUCUUGUCAGCUCUAUACAUUCUGUUUCCAUCUGCAAUGUUGGGUAAUAUUUCACCUCACUGAGCAGGCCCCAGGCUCUCUGUCUCUGAAGAACUCUAUAACGCUUUUGGGAUGACCCUCCUCCCCUGGCGUUCCUGGCUCCAGGUAGAAGUUACCAUUAACCACAGAUCUGGGAUCAGAUACUUCACCCCACACCCUAACCUAAACCAUGAGGGGGAUGAAAGAUAUAUCUGAUCAUAGAUCAGUGGUUAGGAGUGACUUCAGCCUACUGCCCAUUUGCUGCUUGGUGUAACAGAGGUUUCCUGAAAGCUGAACAUCACCAAGGAAGUGAGCAUUUUCUCCUCAAGGUGUCUCGCUAGCGAAAAUAAACAUUACCCAUGUUUAGUGAAACAAAUGCUUCUGAGUUGUUACUUCCCGGGAAUUGAACAUAACAUAACAUAACAUUGUGCUUGGAGCUCUGCUGAAUGGGUAUACACUGGAAGUUAGACCUGAGACACAGUUGAGACUCACCUUCUCUUGUUCAAAACUGACCCCAAAUCAAGUGAAAUGCAUGAAGGGUUAAAACACUAGUACCCACUGUGUCAUCCAUUUGUUGUUUCUGCAAAUGAUCCUAUAAUAUAACAGCUUUUAGUGCUAUCUGGUAUCCUUGGGAUGUCCCUAGCCUAAAUCCUUAACCCUUACCUAACCUUAACCCUUACCGAACCUUAACCCUUACCUAACCUUAACCCUUACCUAACCUUAACCCUUACCUAAACUUAACCCUUACCUAACCUUAACCCUUACCUAACCUUAACCCUUACCUUACCUAACCUUAACCCUUACCUAACCUUAACCCUUACCUAACCUUAACCCUUACCUAACCUUAACCCUUACCUAACCUUAACCCUUACCUAACCUUAACCCUUACCUUACCUAACCUUAACCCUUACCUUACCUUAACCCUUACCUAACCUUAACCCUUACCUAACCUUACCUAACCUUAACCCUUACCUAACCUUAACCCUUACCUUACCUAACCUUAACCCUUACCUAACCUUAACCCUUACCUAACCUUAACCCUUACCUAACCUUAACCUUUACCUAACCUUAACCCUUACCUUACCUAACCUUAACCUUAACCCUUACCUAACCUUAACCCUUACCUAACCUUAACCCUUACCUUACCUAACCUUAACCCUUACCUAACCUUAACCCUUACCUAACCCUUACCUUACCUUACCUAACCUUAACCCUUACCUAACCUUAACCCUUACCUAACCUUAACCCUUACCUAACCUUAACCCUUACCUUACCUAACCUUAACCCUUACCUUACCUAACCUUAACCCUUACCUAACCUUAACCCUUACCUUACCUAACCUUAACCCUUACCUAACCUUAACCCUUACCUUACCUAACCUUAACCCUUACCUUACCUUAACCCUUACCUAACCUUAACCCUUACCUAACCUUACCUAACCUUAACCCUUACCUAACCUUAACCCUUACCUUACCUAACCUUAACCCUUACCUAACCUUAACCCUUACCUAACCUUAACCCUUACCUAACCUUAACCUUUACCUAACCUUAACCCUUACCUUACCUAACCUUAACCCUUACCUAACCUUAACCCUUACCUAACCUUAACCCUUACCUUACCUAACCUUAACCCUUACCUAACCUUAACCCUUACCUAACCUUAACCCUUACCUAACCUUAACCCUUACCUUACCUAACCUUAACCCUUACCUAACCUUAACCCUUACCUAACCUUAACCCUUACCUUACCUAACCUUAACCCUUACCUAACCUUAACCCUUACCUUACCUAACCUUAACCUUUACCUUACCUAACCUUAACCCUUACCUAACCUUAACCCUUACCUAACCUUAACCUUUACCUAACCUUAACCCUUACCUUACCUAACCUUAACCCUUACCUAACCGUAACCCUUACCUAACCUUAACCUAACCUUAACCCUUACCUAACCUUAACCCUUACCUAACCUUAACCCUUACCUAACCGUAACCCUUACCUAACCUUAAACCUAACCUUAACCCUUACCUAACCUUAACCCUUACCUAACCUUAACCCUUACCUUACCUAACCUUAACCCUUACCUAACCUUAACCCUUACCUAACCUUAACCCUUACCUAACCUUAACCUUUACCUAACCUUAACCCUUACCUUACCUAACCUUAACCCUUACCCUUACCUAACCGUAACCCUUACCUAACCUUAACCUAACCUUAACCCUUACCUAACCUUAACCCUUACCUAACCUUAACCCUUACCUAACCUUAACCCUUACCUAACCGUAACCCUUACCUAACCUUAAACCUAACCUUAACCCUUACCUAACCUUAACCCUUACCUAACCUUAACCCUUACCUAACCUUAACCCUUACCUUACCUAACCUUAACCCUUACCUUACCUAACCUUAACCCUUACCUAACCUUAACCCUUACCUAACCUUAACCCUUACCUAACCUUAACCUUAACCUUUACCUAACCUUAACCCUUACCUAACCUUACCUAACCUUAACCCUUACCUAACCUUAACCCUUACCUAACCUUAACCCUUACCUAACCUUAACCCUUACCUAACCUUAACCUUUACCUAACCUUAACCCUAACCUUACCUAACCUUAACCCUUACCUAACCUUAACCCUUACCUAACCUUAACCCUUACCUAACCUUAACCCUUACCUAACCUUAACCCUUACCUAACCUUAACCCUUACCUUACCUUAACCCUUACCUUAGCCAUUUUACAUUUCAACUUCAAUGGGGCAACGUCAGAGUUGCACAUCCCAAGGAUCCACUUUUCCCAGCUUUUUAACUUUCACUAAUAUAAAAUGCCCACAAUUGACACGUCAUAAGCUGUGUCCCAAUAGCAUGGCUUCUUCCACUCUCCUUCAUCAUGACUGAUACUGCAGGCGAAACCACUUGACGUCUUCAUUCGCUGUUCUUGAAUAUGAGUAUAGUCCUGAAUGUCAGGAGAAGUGCAGUAUUUUAGUCUAUGAGGACAUACUUUAGCUAUGACUAUGCUAGAUAACAGCCCUCCUAUCCUACUUAAAGCCAUGAUCUGCUCUGUGUGUCUGUCUGAUGACAUCUGUAAGUAAUAGACUGUAAUUACACACCAAGGCAUUUCCUGUUUCUGUUCUAUAAAGGCUCUUUUCCAUUGAU